AUGAGGUCUUUCUCGCUACUGCUAUCCAUCAUCGUGGGAAUCACAUCCAUCGUCCUGUUCAGAGAACAGAUAUUCAAUUUGGUCGUCGCGACUACAAACGACUUCUUCAACUUUGCAGGCGCAAUUCAGAACGACAUCGUCUCCGAAGCGGAAACCAAGCAACAACAACAACAAUAUCAACGCCAUCAUCAACAGAACCAGCCGGACGACCACCUGUACGCCACCGACAUGUCUGUUCCCCGCGCAAUUCACAAGGUCUUUCUGGCCGUUGAGCAGGCCGAGGGCGCCGGAGCCCGCGUCCGCCGCUCCAUCGGAACCCCUCAGCUUAGGAAUCUUUCGCCCUUUUUGAUGCUCGACCACUUCAGUAUCUCUCCCGGGUCAGGCUUCCCCGACCAUCCCCAUAGGGGCCAGGAGACGAUUACGUAUCUCCUUCACGGCGGCGUGGACCACGAGGACUUCGCCGGAAACAAGGGCACUAUCGAGGCCGGCGACCUGCAGUUCAUGACAGCGGGCCGCGGCAUCAUGCACGCCGAGAUGCCCAAGCAGAACCCCGACGGCAGCGCCAACGUCGGCCUCCAGCUCUGGGUCGACUUGCCGAAGCACCUCAAAGCCUGCGAGCCGCGGUACCGCGAUCUGCGCGCCAAGGAGAUCCCCACGGUCGACAUCGACGGCGGCAAGGUCCACGUCAAGGUCAUCUCGGGCCAGAGCCACGGCGUCGACUCGGUGCGCGACCUAGCCUACACGCCCGUAUGGAUCCUGGACAUCCAGGUUAAGCCCGGCGGUAAGAUUGCCCAGCCGGUGCCCCAGGGGUGGAACGCCUUCGCGUACACGCUCGAGGGCCAGGCCAUUGUUGGCACGGGGUCGCAGCAGCGCGUCGUCGAUGAGUUCCACAACGUCGUGUUCGAGGACGAGGGCGACGUCGUGAACAUUGAGGUCGACGCCGGCGCCGACAAGGACGCUCGCCUCGUCCUUAUCGCCGGCACGCCUCUAGACCAGGAGGUGGUGCAGUACGGGCCGUUCGUGCUGAGCUCCAAAGCCGAGGUGUACCAGGCCUUGAUGGACUUCCAGACGCACUCGAACGGGUUCGAGAGGGCAGAGGGCUGGCAGAGUGAGAUUGGAAAGUCCAUGGUUGGGUAG